AAAAUAUCUCAGGGCUUGAAAAAUCAGAAUCUACAAAUGCACCAAACAUUUGUGGGGGAAAUGCUUACUCUGUAAAAGAAAGUGGUCAUUUAGAUAAAAAGCCAGAGUAUAUGAAGACUCGCUUCAUAAACAAACGGAGGCCAUCUGCAAUAGUUCAAAGUAAGAGUAAAACCCCACGAACGAACAAGUUGCUUCCUGACCUUUUACAAUACCCCGUUAAAAUUGAAGUGGAUGUUGCAGACGAGGAUGGCAAUGUAGUGCUUGAAGAAAUAACAAACAAUCGUGAAAAUGAGCCAAAAAGGGAAAGAAACAAUAUCAGCAGUGAUCCUGCUGUAAAAAAAUGUUAUCCGCUAUUAGAAAUGAGCGUUCCGUUAGACAAGCAUGCAGAAGUGUAUCUACCUCUUCCACCCUUAACCAAAAAUGCUAAUAGUAAUAACCUGUCUAAAAUGAAAUUCCCAGAGUCAACAGAAAUAUUUAAAAGUAAGAAAACCUUGACCAAAAAUGAGCAUUCGUCAGCAAAACCAAAGAAGAAGCAAGGCUUUUCUGUAAACAAUGCUUG